GACAGACGCAGCGCGUUGAGCAUCAGACGCGUUUUACGCACUGAAAUCACGCGUCAGCGGAUGGAUGCGGACAAACACACCUCUUAAAUGUCAUCUCUGAGGAUCAUUAGACGCACACUCGUUUAACCGUUUUUCAAGAUGUCGUGGAUUGUGCCUUUUCUUCAUUUCUACUCGAACUUUCCAUUGACUUGCGUUCUGUUUCUGCAUCUGUCUGCAGCGCGCGGCGAAUAAACGACCCGCGGGAACACAUCUCUCCUGGAGAUGAUGAUGAUGUGUGUGUGUUUGUGUGUUGUGAUCGGGAGGGUUCGAGAUUGAUGGAGGAUCGACUGUGCUGUGGAUGAUGAUGAUGAUGAUAGAGCAGAGCAGACGCACGCGCGCGCGCUCACAGUCCACGCCACAUCACCUGACACAUCUAUUCAGUGGAUUACAGAGAACUGCGUCGAGUUUCUCACACAAAUGAAUGGAUUAGUGACUGACAGCUCACUGCACAUCAUUCCUCCUCAGAUGAUUGUGUGGGUUUGACUGGACACAUACUGUGGAAGCCUAAGAAAACACUCCAAGUCCAAGUCAACAACAACUGAAAUAAGCACCCAAUAUCAUUUUUUAUGUCAUGAAAAACAUUUGCAUUGAACAAGAAAGUAAAGCGGGGAGAGGGAAACCAGACUAAAUCGGGGAAGAAGAGUGCUUAAAAACAAAGGGAGGAUGUGGUGGCCAGUGGUUUGGAGGUCCAUAGGGUGGCCUACAUUUGCAGCGUCUCUAUUUCUAGCAGUGGGAGCUUCAUACUCUGAUGUCUUUAAUGCCACAGGGAAAGAUAUUUUUAGUGACUUUGGACAAUUCCAGAUUACAGAGAAUGGGCCACCAGAGCUACGGAAACUCCAAGCCGCUAAUCUUCACCCUAAUUUAUACUUUAACCAAGACGAUGUACCACUGUUGAGACAAAGGUCAACUACGACUCACAGCCACAUCUUUAAAGUGAUCCGUACAGCUGUGCUAACGAUGCUCUCCGCAGGCCCGCUCUACAUGCCACCCACAAAGCAUGAGGAGUUCACCAGCAAGUGGAACGAGAUUUAUGGAAACAACCUCCCUCCUCUGGCUCUCUACUGCCUCCUGUAUCCUGAGGACACCGCAGCAAUGCAGUUCCUGAUUAAGUUCAUGGACCGGAUGUCAGAGUAUCCUGACUGGAAAGUAAGCAGCGCACCUAAUGAUGAAGUUCCGAUGGCUCAUUCGCUCACUGGAUUUGCUACUGCUUUUGACUUCAUCUACUCAUUGCUGGAUCAGAAGCGCCGAGAACUGUACUUAAAGAAGAUUUCUGCUGAAACCCAAGCACUGUACGAGACGUCAAAGUACAGGGGCUGGGGGAAGCAGUUUCUUCAAAACCAUCAAACCACUAAUAUAGUUGCUAUUCUGACUGGAGCAAUAGUUGUGGGUGCACACGAUGACACUCAGUCGAUGGUUUGGAAACAGGUAUCUGUAAAUUACAUGGAGAAGACAAUGUUUCUGUUAAGUCAUGUUGUAGACGGCUCUCUGGACGAGGGAGUUGCAUACGGGAGCUACACAACAAAGUCAAUCACGCAGUAUGUUUUCCUAGCAAAGCGCCACUUUAGCAUAGACAACACACAGAACAACUGGCUGCAUACUCAUUAUUGGUUUUAUUAUGCCACUUUGCUUCCGGGCUUUCAGAGAACGGUUGGAAUAGGGGACUCAAACUAUAACUGGUUCUAUGGACCAGAGAGCCAGUUAGUGUUUUUAGAUUCAUUUGUGAUAAGAAAUGGGUCUGGUAAUUGGCUGGCACAGCAAAUUAGGAAGCACAGACCUAAAGACGGUCCCAUGGGUCAGUCCUUUGCCCAGCGCUGGACGACGCUUCACACAGAGUUCAUCUGGUAUAAUGCCGACUUCACACCACAGCCCCCUUAUGAUCACAAUAAGGCUAAGAUGCACAUCUUCUCUAACUGGGGUGUGGUAACCUAUGGGGCUGGUUUAUCUGUUGCACAAGGCAACACCUUCGUCUCAUUUAAAUCUGGUAAACUGGGUGGGCGGGCAGUGUUUGACAUUGUCCAUGCUAAACCUUACUCAUGGGUGGAUGGCUGGAACAGCUUUAACCCUGGUCACGAGCACCCAGACCAAAACUCAUUUACUUUUGCCCCUAAUGGACAAGUGUUUGUUUCUGAGGCAUUAUAUGGCCCCAAAUACAGCUUCCUAAACAACGUGCUGGUGUUCAGCCCUUCCCCGACGAGCCAGUGUAAUGUCCCUUGGGAAGGACAGCUCGGGGAAUGUGCCAAGUGGCUGCGCUGGACAGACCCAGGGGUCGGAGACUCGGCGGGAGAGCUGAUCGCUGCUUCUGCUCAUGGAGACGCUAUGUUUGUGAGCGGAGAAGCGGCUGCAGCAUAUUCCCCAGCCAUGAGACUGAAGAGUGUGUACCGAGCCCUGCUUCUCCUCAACUCACAGACUCUUGUGGUAGUGGACCACGUUGAGAAAAGAGACGACUCACCAGUGAACGCCGUCAGUGCUUUCUUUCACAAUCUUGAUAUUGACUUUAAAUAUGUGCCCCAUAGUUUCACAGACAGGUACAAUGGGGCAUUGAUGGAUGUUUGGGAUGCUCAUUACAAAAUGUUUUGGUUUGACAGUCAGGGACGCAGCCCUAAUACACAAAUACAGGAGGCUGAGCAGGAAGCUGAGUUUAAAAAGAGGUGGACACAGUUUAUCAACAUCACCUUCCCUCUCACAGAUUCAGUAGGUAGGAUGGUGUAUGUGAUGCACGGACCUUACGUUAAAGUUUCCAACUGUAGGUUCACUGAAAGCAGUAAGAAUGGACUAAAACUUUCUCUUGUCAUCAAUAACACUGAGAAAAUUGUGUCUGUAGUAACCAAUCACAGAGACAUCGUAGCCCGUUACAGCUAUCUGGGCUUUGGGGGUUACGCUAAGGUGGAAGACAGACAUCAGGUUAUGCGUUUUGGCUUGGAGACACAGCUUGUCCCCAAACAGACUAAACUGCACAAUCAUCUCUUUGACUUUGGGGUUACGGUGAAUGUCAUUGCUGGGGUAAUACUGUGUGUGGCCAUUAUUUUCUUGACCCUGCAGCGGAAGUUUUACAUUUGCUUUAGCAGACUGAUGCGUUAUGCUUUGCUUUCGGUGUUAAUGCUGUGGAUAACUGAGCUCCUGUUCGUCUCAAACAGCUGUGAUCAGCUCCUGUGUAAGGUGAAGUGGCGCGGAGCCACCACAGACCCAGAGCUUAGCAAACAAAUGAGGCUUUAUGACCAGCAUCAGCUCCCUCUGCCCACGGUAGUGAUCACCACACUUCCUGGCUCAGGAUCAGACAUCCUUAAGCAUCUAUUCUACAACAACACAGACUUUGUCUACCUGCGCAUCCCUACAGAACACUUGGAUAUACCCGAAACAGAGUUUGAAUUUGACUCUUUAGUAGAUGCUUGUGAAUGGACGCGUUCGGAAGCCCAGUGUGGGCGUUUUAAAAUGAUUCAGGGCUGGCUGCAUUCACUUGUUCACAACACCCACUUAUUCCUGCAGAACAUCCCACUCCAUGACACCAGCCGCCUGAAACCGGCCCAAAGACUGAGCCUCUCUCAGGACAAGAGGAGGAGGCUGAGGAGGAGAGAGUCCAAGGCUGAGAUGAAAGGCCGGGUGCGAGUCGACAGGGAUGUAGAGUAUGUCCAAGAGCUGAGGAGACACACGCUGGACUAUCCUAACGCCCGUGUAGUUCUCAAUCUCUGCAGCGGCAGCUGGGCUCUCAAGCUGCCUUUUCUCCAAGAAGUUAUCGGACCUUCCCUGAGAGCUAUCUACGUCGUCAGGGACCCUCGUGCAUGGAUUUAUCUGAUGCUUUAUAAUAGCAAACCUAGCCUUUACUCACUCAAGAACAUUCCCCAGCAUCUAGCUCUUAUUUUCAAGCAGGACAUGGUUAGUGACAGGUGUCCGACCACGUUUGCGGAGGAGUUUAGGAAGCUGUGGCAGCUCAUAUCUCGUUCAGAGACCAAUCCUGUGCUGUUAUUGUCCCAUCUGUGGCUGGCUCACACCGCUGCUGUCCUCAGAGUCACAGCUACCUUAUCUGAAGAGUCCUAUCUUCAAGUCAGGUUUGAGGAUGUCGUAAACUAUCCUCAAGAGACAGCUGAGAAGAUUCACUAUUUCCUUGGAAUCCCUGUAUCUCCUUCAGCCCUGAAUCAGCUCAUGUUCACCACCUCCACAAACUUGUAUAACUUGAUGUAUGAAGGGGACAUUUCACCAGCUAACAUCAACAAAUGGAGGAGAAACAUGCCAAGAAGAGAUAUCAGACUCAUAGAGUACACGUGUGGAUUCCUGAUGAGGCAACUCGGGUAUCAAAGGUUCACUGAUUAAUUAGCUGCAGGCCAGCUGUUGUCAUUGAUCUCGUGUAUCUGAUCAUUUGAUAUUUGUGUUGUAUUUUUGCACAACAUUGAGUUGAAAACAAAGUGGAAAUGAAAAAAACUAGGCCAGGGGUGCCCAAACUGGGUCCUGGAGGUCCGGCGUCCUGCAAGGUUUAUAUCUAUCCCCAAUUAGACACACCUGAACCAGCUAAUCAAGCUCUUACUAGACAUACUAGAAACCUCCAGGCAGGUGUGUUGAGGCAGUUUGGAGCUAAACUCUGCGGGACAUCAGCCCUCCAGGACAGAGUCUGGCACCCCUGAACUAGGCACAAGAAUGGGAA